AAUUCUCAACAAGCGGUAAAAAUAUAUGUGGCUGACUGGCAAUGGCCACUUUAUCCCCUCUAACGAAUUCUUUCUUUCAAACUUUCACCACUACCGCUUCUAAAUCAUUCCUCCAAACCAUCAAAUCAACCACGAUGGAAAUUACAGCUGAAAAGAAGAAGAUAUUUGUAGCUGGAGCCACUGGUAAAACUGGUAAGAGAAUUGUUGAGCAGCUACUGGCUAAGGGCUUUGCGGUUAAAGCCGGUAUGCGUGAUGCCGACAAGGCUAAAACAAUCUUUGCUAAUCAGACUGAAGAUCUUCAGUUUGUGAAAGCAGAUGUAACUGAAGGUUUCGAGAAGUUGGCCGAUGCCAUUGGAGAUGAUUCAGUUGCUGUCAUAUGCGCUACCGGUUUUCAGUAUUCACUGGACGUAUUGGCUCCUUGGAAGGUUGAUUAUUAUGGUACAAUCAACCUAGUUGAUGCAUGUCGGAAGGUUGGUGUGAGUAGAUUUAUCUUCGUUAGUUCCAUAUUGGUUAACGGUGCUGCAAUGGGCCAGUUGCUUAAUCCAGCUUAUAUAGUUUUGAACGCUUUUGGACUAGUUUUGAUGGCAAAACUUCAAGCCGAGCAAUACAUACGGAAAUCUGGUAUCAAUUACACGAUUGUGAGGCCCGGAGGGUUGAAAAAUGACCCACCGAAUGGGAGCAUUGUCAUGGAGUCAGAGGAUACACUCUUCGAAGGGUCAAUUUCAAGAGACCAGGUAGCAGAAGUGGCUGUUGAGGCACUGCUUCAUCAGCAAUCUUCUUACAAAGUUGUGGAAAUAGUUGCACGAACAGAUGCUCCUAAAAAGUCGUUUGAAGAUUUGUUUAGUUCCAUUCAAGAACGGUAACUCGUAUUGCUUUAAACAAACUGUUCAUUGUAUUUUCUGUCUUUAUUUUUUGGUUAUUGUUGUAUACCAAUGAUUCUGAUCAGGUUAAUAAAAACCUUGGUCAAGUAUACAAGAAUACAUCUUCAUUAGUUCAAACCAAAAACAAAACAUUGGUUUCAACUGAACAUUCAAACUUUGACA